AUGGCAGAAACUGAAGCUAGGAAAUAUGCUUCUGCUACAAACAAUAAUAAGAUUCAAUUGAACAAACUGAACACCAUCAAAAGGUUCAUUGGGGUGAGGCAAAGACCUUCAGGAAGGUGGGUGGCAGAGAUCAAAGACUCAUCUCAACAUGUAAGGUUAUGGCUUGGAACCUAUGACACACCAGAAGAAGCUGCCAGGGCUUAUGAUGAAGCAGCUAGAGCUCUACGUGGUGAAAAUGCAAGAACAAACUUUGCAUCAUCAGAGAAUAAUCAAACCAUGGAAAAAUCUUCAGAAGCUUAUUCCAAUGAUGGUGGAAAGAAUGGAUUAAGCACUUUUGCUUCAUUGAGAGCCAAGUUGAGUAAGAAUCUUCAGAGCAUCAUGGGCAGGUCCAGUGAUUGCAAAUCAUCAAAAAGUAGGGUGAGUGACAAUUUUACCUUUGCUAGCAUAUUCCAUCAACACCAAAUCUCUCCAAUGGAUGUUAAGAACAUUGAGAAAGUGGUGCAGCCUAGCAUUGUUGUGCCCCCUUUGGAAAAUGAACAUGCUUCUUGGGACAAAUCUAGUGUUUCUAAUUGUAGCUAUGAUUGGGUCGGGUUCCGGCAACCCGGGUUUGAAUCCGGUUCCAAUGGGUCGGAUGUAAGGGAGUUUAUGGUUGGUGGUGAACAAGGGUCUUUGGACCAAUUGAUGGGGUGGGUGAAUAGCUCAGAUAUUUGUGCUUGUGAUGGAAAUGAUGAGGGUUCAAGGAGCAAGAGGUUUAAGGUCUCUUCUUCUGUGGUUGUGCCCCCAACAUUCAAUGUGUCUCCAUAUGAUUGUGGUUCUCCAUACAAUGUUCAUGGCUCUCAAUAUAAUGGUGGAAAGUGA